AAAAGGUCUAUUACCAGACAUUUAAAUUUCAUAGCUCUGGGUACGACUGAGAUAAUUUGACUAGCUAGAGAAUUAAAUUGAUGCAUAUAUUUGCAGAUAAUCACUCCGAGUAUCGAAUAAAUGGCAGAUUCAAGCACAAAAGAGACUUCGAGAAUGGGAAUAAAUGCAAGGAAUCAAUUUGAGAAUGAUGGAGUUUUAAAACCCGGCGUAGUGGCAUUUGGAAUAGGUGCUCCGUCCUUUGCAAUGAUGGCGAAAUUAAAACCAUUGCUAGCUGAAGCAACCAAGCAACGACUUGAAAGUGAAGAAUAUAGUGAUAUGUUUCAGUAUGGUGCAUUAUGUGGAGAUUAUGUAUUUGUGCAAGAACUUGCAAAAUUUCUCUCUAAGAGAUAUCAAGAUCCUGUGGAUAGUAAUGAUAUAGUCUGUACAAGUGGUGCAACAAAUGGCCUCAUGAUGGUGACUCUAAUGAUGUUUCAACCUGGAGAUUAUGUUUUUGUUGAAGAUCCAACAUAUUUUAUUGCUAUAAAGAUGUUUCGUCAAGAUCUUGGCUUGAAUAUUCUUGGUGGUAUGCCAAUGAUUUUAAAGUUCCAACAGAUGAUGAUGGGGUGAAAAUAGAUGCUCUGGAACAGUUAAUUUUAGAGCACAUGGAUAAACUUGGGGAAACCAGCGAAGCACGACCAUAUCGUGCAAUGUUUUACACUGUUCCUGUUUUCAAUAACCCAACGUCAGUGAGUUUGCCACCAGGUUAGUCUAGGUAACAAAGGCCGAGAUAUUAUACAUUUUUCCUGCACUAAUACAUCUACUUGCACCUGGUUUCACCAUGCAAUUAGCUCAGUGUUAUGUUUUUAUAGCUUCUGUUAACGUCACAUAUUGUGUUUCCAAUGGUUUAAUGCGUUAGUGUAUUAUGUUCUGCUAUGUAGAGUUCAUACUGUCUGAGAAGGCCCUUUAAAUGGUUAUUAUACCCAUAUAGCAGUAAUUCUGUCAAUAUUUCCAUUUAGAGCGAUGUUCUGCACUGAUCAAAGUGCUAAGAAAAUACAACAUUCUAGCUGUGUGUGAUGAUGUUUACAAUAUAAUAAAUUUUGAAUCGA